UUGGUCUUUUACCGGAAGAGUCCGUGUUUACAGCGCAGCUUUGGCUCCACGUUAGCAUCGUUGAUUUGACGAGAAGUGUCUCGGGAUUUCUCUGGCGCUUUUCUAACUUAACAGUCUCACCAUUUUGUAAAAUCACUCGUUUACGUUCGCGCCGCACCGCGAUUGGCAUGAGUGUUAGGAGGCGGAAGUGCUGCCGACAAGCACAACAAUGACAAGCUGGCUAACGUAGCGCCGAGGUUAGCCAGCUAGGCGCCUGACAACAGCAGCUAACUCCUCAGAUAGCAGCGGUACACCAAACACAGCCGAGCAGGUACCAGUAUGUCAACUCCACCCGGCUGCAAGCGGUUCUAUCUGCGCGCUUAACGACUGUCAACCUCGCAUUGACACAUAUUACGUCCCCCCUGUCCCCCACAUUGCCCCCCAGUAACGAGCUCAACCAUGGGAGCGGAGAGCAGCGCGGUGCGGAGCUGUACCCUGGACGAGCCCCUCCUGACCCUGCCCUCCGGACUCACCAUGCAUUCGGCCAUGCUCCAGGAUGGAAAGCCGGCUUCGGUGUUUGUUCACAAGCGGGGGAAUGAAGACAAAGUCAACAAAGCUGCCAAGCACCUGAAGACCCUGAGGCACCCAUGUCUACUGCGCUUCCUGUCCUGCUCAGUGCAGGAUGGCGGCAUCCACCUGGUGACGGAGCGUGUGCAGCCCCUGGAGCUGCUGCUGGACAGCCUCUCCCCAGAGGAAAUCUGCGCAGGCAUCUAUGACCUCCUGCAGGCACUUGUCUUUCUGCACGAGAGGGGCAAAUCGAGCCACAACAACGUCUGCAUUUCAUCUGUGUUUGUCAGUGAAGAUGGUCAUUGGAAACUGGGAGGGAUGGAGACUGUCUGCAAGUUCUCUGAAGCAACACCUGAGUUUCUCUCAAGCAUUGAGAAUGUGAGAGAGGCCACCUACGUUCCUCCAGAAGAGCAGGUUGAGGGCUUUAAAAUGCUUCCAGAGACAAAUGCUCACUCUCGGGACUGUUACUCUUUCGGAAUGAUGGUGGAGACUCUCCUCUCUCUCUUGAAUGGUUGUGUGUCACAGGAGUUGUCUGAUAGUCUGACGAAGACCCUGCAGGCAGGCCUGCUGAACUCUGACCCCUUGUCUCGACCUCCACUCAGCUCCCUGCUGACUCAUGACUUUUUCAGGAAUGACUUUCUGGAAGUGAUGAAUUUUCUGAAGAGCCUGACCUUGAAAUUGGAAGAAGAAAAGAAUGAAUUCUUCAAGUUUCUUCUAGACCGGGUCCAGAGUCUCCCUCAGGAGCUGAUAGCUACACGCCUUGUCCCCAAACUCCUCAACUCUCUCGUGUUUGCAGAACCCAUGGCUGUCAAAAGCUUCCUGCCUCAUCUUCUAAGUCCAAAGAACGAUUCCAGUGAAGAAUGCCUGCUGUCAGUGUCCCUUUACCGGAAACAUGUGAUUCCUCAACUUCUUAAGCUCUUCAAGAUCAACGAGGAACAUGUCCGGAUGGUGUUGCUGGCUCACAUCCACAUCUACGCUGAGUUCUUCUCCCACGAUGAACUCAAAAAUCAGAUCCUACCUCAGGUUUUGUUAGGAAUGAGAGACACCAGUGAUUCUCUGGUUGCCAUGACACUGCAGAGUCUGGCUGUGUUGGUACCUUUGCUGGGGGCUAAAGUGGUUGUUGGUGGAGAGAGAUCCAAGGUCUUUAAACGCACCACACCCAACUUCACCAAGUCUACAGAGGUCACCCCUGAAACUUCGCCUGUCCAUAUAGUUGGAGGAUCUCACCCUCAGAUGGCCCAGCCUUCGAAAGUCUUGAAUUUGUUCCCCAGACCGGCAGGGACUGAAGGCCUGGUCCUGGGUGACUUGGGUAGCUUAGCAGGUAGUAGGAAGACUCCAAGCAGUUACCCCCUAGCUCCAAUAUCAGAUGUCAGUAGACAGAUGUCUCUAUCUUUGAACGGUUUUCGUCAAGAUCGUGAGAUGGAGCCACUGUCAUACAGCCCGGAGCAGGCUGACGGACUGGAAGGCCCAGUAGAAGACUGGCCUGACUGGAGCGACCCUGAAGAGAGCGAGAACAGAGAUGGACAGUCAGUCCAGAUCCGCAUUCAGGCCUCAGCGAGAGUAGAUCCAGUCGGCAGCAGACUGCCGCUCUCACACCCGAACGUGGAACAGGAGCCGUGGGACGACUUUGAGGACACUGAACCUACCUCAGAUCUCUCCCCUACUGCUCCUUUAUCAGACCCAGCUAUACUGUCACUGCCCAGAGGGGGCACUGCUACACCUGUAAAACAUGCUCCUGAAGCACUGAGACAGGGUUCCUCUAAACCCCUCAAACUGACGUCGACACUGCGGCCAUCCACACAGAUUAAGACCACAUGCUCAUGGGACGAUGGCUGGGCUCAAGAAGAGAGUGACUCGGAGAAAACCUACAACCCAUUGAACCCCAAGCCCAAAACUACAGUGCCACAAAAUAAUGGUGGGAUAGGAGGUCUGGGUGAGGAGUUCACCAUUAAGGUGAAGAAAAAAGUAGAGCAAGACCCAGAGCUGGAUUUGUUUGCAGACAUGGUGCCGGUCAUCAAACUGUCCUCUCCGGCUCUGCUGCUACUGGACGAGAGCAGUGUGAAUGAUGCUGGACUGUCCACAGCCUCUUCAGAAAACACGAAAUCUCUGCAGGUUGACUCAUCCAUCGAUAAUGUAAUGCUCACUGCCAAGUUCGCAGCUGCCAACCUGACUGAGAGUGAAACAGAUGGCUGGGGAGAUGGAGAUGAUCUGAACUGGGAGGAUGAAAAUGCCUGGUGAUGACAUUUGAUCCAUCUGGAGCAAAAGACUCGACCACUGGAAAACUCAAAUGCUCAAGUAGCGCCAUCUCACACAGCCUGUGACCUGAAAGUUACUCCAGUUCUGAUUUAACACUAUGAUGCAGUAGGAAGACAAUGAUGGGAUGAGACCUUUUAUAUCCUAUUCUGUUGGUUCCUAGACAUUUGAACUGGAAGCUUAUCAGAUGGUGCUGGACUUGGACAAAUGAAGCCAUUCUUAAUUGUUUGCCAACUGAUGCUAGUCACCUCGAGAUGAAUGAGGAUUUUAAUCAGAGGUGAAAGUCAUCCUGUUUUCAUCUGCUUCUUUAAUUUUUUUUGGUUUUUUCAAUGUGCCAACUUUACUAGUGGCAUGAAGAUCAAGAUACACGUGUCCAAAAUGUGUUAGGUUUGAUUUACAGAAGGCUUGCACUUUGAAUGAAUGUGAAAUAGAAAUUACAUAAUUUAUUAGUAGCUUUUGGUUGCUGGUGAAGUAAAGAUUUUACUGUAUCAAAAAUGACCCUGUUCUGUUUUAUAAGACAUUUGUUAGAUUUACCUUUUAUAAAGUUAUUGCAGUUGUUUAGAGCUACUGACAGCAAGUACUUUACUUUUCAUAACAGAAAAAUCCUCUAUCUAAUAUGGGUACUCAAUAAUAAAACAAAUGUCUUACUGCACAAUAAAAA